AUGAACAGGAAAAAUAAAAUUAUUUUUAUCUCCAAUUUUAGGAUGCAUCCUAGAUACUAUUCCUAUGUAACUAAAGGUUUUAAUGAUACAUAUGUAUCAACAUUAAAAAUAUAUAAUAAAAGAGGGAAAAAAAAAAUAUUAUAUUUUCUUAUAAAGUUUUUUAUACUCACCCUUUCAAUUUGGAUAUUACAAUGUUCUAAUAAUUGGGAUUCUUGUAAAUCAUGGAAUUAUAAAAAUAAAUUAAAUAACAUAUCAGAUUUAGGAUACGGAAGAUCAUUAGCAGAAUGUAGCGACACAACAAAACAAACAAAAAGUGAAUUAAAAUUUUGUGAACAACAGGAUAUGAUAGAAGAACAUCUAGAAGUAUGGGAUAAGCAAAGUCAAAUAGAUGAAAAUGUAGAUGUAGAACAAGGAAGUGAAAUAGAGACAAAAGAGAAAAAUAAAAAAGUAAAAUUUAAAGAAAGAAUCUUAGAUAAAUGCAAAAACAAUUUAAAAUUAGCUUCUUUAUUUCUUUCUAUUUCCUUAUUAUUGUCUUCGUUUUCAUUAUAUUUAGUAGAGAUAUUUACGGAUGAAUAUAUUGAAAACAUUAAACUCUUUUUAUUUACCUUAUCUUUUUUAAUAACUUCAACUGUUUUAACAUAUGAACGAAUUGAAAUAAAGUACAAAAAUAAAUCUUAA